AUGUCGGACCUUUCGGAUACUUCAGUGACCAAAGGCAAAGCGCCGCAGAAGAGAAGGGCAAUUGCCAAUGACAUCGCUUCCGGCCGACAUCAUAAGAGAUCACGCUCAGGAUGUUACACAUGCCGUUUACGAAGAAAGAAAUGCGACGAGUCUCACCCCUCCUGCCGAACUUGCAAUAAUCUUUGUGUGAAAUGUGAAUAUGAACGCCCGGACUGGUGGUCGAGCUCGGAACAGCGCAAGGUGCACAAAGAAAGAAUCAAGAAUAAGAUUAAGCAGACAAAGUUGAACGAAAAGAAUCAGAAUGCGCUUCUCGGUCGCCGAGGUCGCCCAACACCUCUAGGUACACCAUGCGCCCCUGAGUUCAAUUUCAAUCGCCCCUUUUAUGCAGAAGCAUAUGAUCCAUUCGCAUCCAACUUACCCACACCUGCCUUUCCGCCUACCCCGUUUGGACAAUUUCCUCCUUAUGAAGUCGAUGUCAGAACAGAGCGCCAGCUGUUCGUCAAUGACAUUCAAACCCGGGUCGAUACCUCAUUUUCUACCUUCAAUACAUUUGCACCCCCUCAGCUUCACACAACCCUUCCCAACUUCCCAGAGAAUGAGUGGAUGCCACAAUUUGCGACAAUGCCAACAAUCCCACCAGUACCUUUCAACCAUGACGCAGGCCCGGCCUUUGGACCGGCCAGGACACAGUCCCAUUUGGUGAUGCAAAUGAAUAUUCCAGUUGAUGACUGCGAUCGUCCUUUACUCAACCACUUUGUCGAUAAUGUGCUCAGGCUUAUUUUCCCGAUUGCUGAGGCUCAUCAGGGAGGCCUUGAACGUGCUAGAGCUGUCCUACAUUCGUUGGAAAAUAACAAGUCGUACUUGCAUUGUUGUCUCAGUGUCGCGGCUAUUCACCUGAAGAGCACGAUUGGGAUUGAAGGGGAGGUUAUUGACCAUGACAUUUUAAGGCACCGAUUUGAGGCAAUAUCCCAGCUAUGCCAAUCAUUGAAUGAAGAUACUGAGCACGAGAAGAUCCUGGAAGCUACGCUUGCUAUGAUCUUCUUUCACUGCUCUGUAGGUGGUCCUGAUGACCACCUCCCGGAUAUCGCAUGGAACGACCACUUUCAUGCCGCAACCAGUUUGAUCAAUAAACUCGAUCUUCCAAACGCUCUUAUGCAGUCGAAUGGCGCUUACACACGCCCACCUUUCAACAUGACGCUAGCAUCUUGGAUUGAUAUUCUGGGCUCUACUAUGAUUGGCAAGACGCCGCAAUUUGCUCAUACGUAUAGAUCUAAACACCUAAGCGGUACCCCCUCCGGUCUUCGUGAAUUGAUGGGCUGUGACGACCGAGUGAUGUAUCUCAUUUCUGAAAUUGCUUGUCUCGAUGCCCUGAGAGCAGAGGGAGUUGUUGACGACAUGGCUGUUUGUUCUCACGUCCAAGCAUUAGGGCAACAGCUUGAAUUUACCGAGCCUGCGGACAAAAAACUUGAGACGCCCUACCACCCUAUCAACGGCGCAAUUCGCCCUGAGCAAUUGACAAAGAAUAUAACCGCGGUAUUCCGAAUCGCAGCUCGCAUCUAUCUCUGCAGCCUUGUUCCUGGGUUUGACCGCAACCAAACGAGCACCAUGAACCUAGUAGAUGCCGUCACUCAAGCUCUUCAGGUUAUUCCUGGAGGACCAGAGGGCUACGACCGACCUCUCGUAUGGCCGCUGCUCAUUGCUGGCGCAUUUUCCGUUCCAACGAGUUCAUUUCGCCAAGUUUUGCACCAGCGUGUGAUCGAAAUGGGCGAUAAUGCAGAUUUCGGAAGCUUUGGACGUGCUUACAGGCUUCUCCAGGAAGUCUGGCGAGUGGCAGACGAUCCAAUCACACCAGUAUCGGGAGACUUCCCUGCAGAUUCGGAUUUUAAACCAGAUACAUAUACUUCCCCUCUCCGAUCGCCACCUAUGAGGGAGAUCAAAAAGCGAAACGUGCAUUGGCGCGAUAUCAUGCAAAAGAAAGGGUGGAAAUAUCUACUCAUUUGA